AUGUUCAGCCGGAGCUCCCGGAAAAGGCUGUCCGGCCGCUCGUUGACCGGACUGGGGCGGAUAGAGAGAGGCCAGCCCUGCAGCGCCUGCGGUGACCAGUGCCCCGGGUUUGCCUUGCACAAAUGGAGGAAGAUCUGUCUGCACUGCAAGUGCCCGCAGGAGGAGCACAUGGUGACGGUGAUGCCCCUGGAGAUGGAGAAGACCGUCAGCAAACUCAUGUUCGACUUCCAGAGGAACUCCACCUCGGACGACGACUCGGGCUGCGCCCUGGAGGAGUACGCCUGGGUCCCGCCCGGGCUGAAGCCCGAACAGGUUCACCAGUACUACAGCUGUCUCCCCGAAGAGAAGGUUCCUUAUGUCAACAGUCCCGGGGAGAAGCUGCGGAUCAAGCAGCUACUGCACCAGCUGCCGCCCCAUGACAAUGAGGUCCGAUACUGCAACUCCCUGGACGAGGAGGAGAAGCGGGAGCUGAAGCUCUUCAGCAACCAGAGGAAGCGCGAGAACUUGGGCCGAGGGAAUGUCAGGCCCUUCCCGGUCACCAUGACGGGAGCCAUUUGUGAACAGUGCGGGGGCCAGAUUAACGGCGGGGACAUCGCCGUGUUCGCGUCGCGUGCCGGCCACGGGGUUUGCUGGCACCCGCCCUGCUUCAUCUGCACCGUCUGCAGCGAGCUGCUGGUGGACCUGAUCUACUUCUACCAGGACGGCAAGAUCUACUGCGGCCGGCACCAUGCCGAGUGCCUGAAGCCGCGCUGCGCCGCCUGCGACGAGAUCAUCUUUGCCGACGAGUGCACCGAAGCCGAGGGGCGGCACUGGCACAUGAAACACUUUUGCUGCUUCGAGUGCGAGACCGUGCUGGGCGGCCAGCGCUACAUCAUGAAGGAAGGAAGGCCCUACUGUUGCCACUGCUUCGAGUCCUUGUAUGCAGAAUACUGCGACACCUGCGCCCAACACAUAGGGAUCGACCAGGGCCAGAUGACCUACGACGGCCAGCACUGGCACGCCACCGAGACCUGCUUCUGCUGCGCUCACUGCAAGAAGUCCCUCCUGGGGCGGCCCUUCCUCCCCAAGCAGGGCCAGAUAUUCUGCUCGCGGGCCUGCAGCGCCGGGGAGGACCCCAACGGCUCAGACUCCUCCGACUCGGCCUUCCAGAACGCCAGGGCCAAGGAGUCCCGGCGCAGCGCCAAGAUCGGCAAGAACAAGGGCAAGACGGAGGAGCCGGUGCUGAGCCCGCACGGCCAGCUGCAGGUGAGCGCCAACCGGCUGUCCGCCGACGUGGACCCCCUGUCGCUGCAGAUGGACCUGCUCAGCCUGGCCGGCCAGACGCCCAGCCUGAACCGGGACCCCAUCUGGAGGAGCCGGGACGAGCCCUUCCACUACGGGAACCAGCUGGAGCAGAGCCAGCCGCCCAGCCCGCUGCAGCUGCUCAGCCAGUGCAACAUCAGGACCUCCUACAGCCCCGCGGCCCAGGCGGGCGCCGCACCCGACCUGUGGGCCCCGCACUUCGGCAACCCCAAGCGGAGCUCGUCCAUGGCGCUGAAGGGCCACGGUGGCAGCUUCAUCCAGGAGUGCCGGGAGGACUACUACCCAGGGCGGCUGCGCUCCCAGGAGAGCUACAGUGACAUGUCCAGCCAGAGCUUCGGGGAAGCCCGGGGCAGCAUCCAGGUCCCCAAGUACGAGGAGGAGGAGGAGGAGGAAGGGGGCAUGCCCGCCCAGCAGUGCCGGACCCGCCGUCCACUCAGCUCCCUGAAGUACACCGAGGACAUGACGCCCACGGAGCAGACCCCUCGGGGCUCCAUGGAAUCCCUGGCACUGUCUAACGCCACAGGCCUCUCCGCCGACGGCGGCGCCAAGCGCCAGGAGCACCUGUCGCGGUUCUCCAUGCCCGACCUCAGCAAGGACUCGGGCAUGAACGUGUCGGAGAAGCUGAGCACCCUGGGCACGCUCAACUCGUCCGUGCAGUUCCGCAGCGCCGAGUCGGUGCGCAGCCUGCUGUCGGCACAGCAGUACCAGGACAUGGAGGGCGGCCUGCGCCAGCUCGGCGCCCCCCUGGGCUACCGGGAGCGGCAGGCGCGCGGCGGCCGGAUGCACCAGAGCUUCGACUUCGACCCCGGCGCGGCGGCGGGCAGCCAGCUGCCGGGGCCCGACGGCGGCGCCAGGAUCCAGCCCAUGAGCGAGCGCACGCGGCGGCGCAGCGCGUCCCGCGAAGACCCCCGCCACUUCCGGCCGCACCACCGGUCGCGCCGGUCGCGCCGCUCGCGCUCCGACAACGCGCUGCACCUGGCGGGCGAGCGGGAGGCGGCGGCCCGCCUGCAGGAGCGGCCCCCGCUGCUCCGGGGCGGCCGCGAGGACUACGACCAGUUCCUGCGCCAGCGCAGCUUCCAGGAGAGCCUGGGCCGGGGCUCCCGCCGGGACCUGUAUGGCCAGUGCCCGCGGACCGUGUCGGACCUGGCCCUGCAGAACGCCUUCGGGGAGCGCUGGGGGCCCUACUUGGCCGAGUACGACUGGUGCUCCACCUGCUCCUCCUCCUCGGAGUCUGACAAUGAGGGCUACUUCCUCGGGGAGCCCAUCCCGCAGCCCGCCCGCCUGCGCUACGUGACCAGCGACGAGCUGCUGCACAAGUACAGCUCCUACGGCCUCCCCAAGGCGUCCACGCUGGGCGGCCGGGGGCAGCUGCACAGCAGGAAGCGGCAGAAGAGCAAGAACUGUAUCAUUUCCUAA